AUUCAACAUUCCAAGACUGCCAACCAGACGUAUAAAAGGAAUUGUUGUUGUCGUCCUCAGCAUCAAGCAACACGACUGCAAAGAUGGCAUUUGUUCUUCGCUCGUUGGUCCUCCUUUGUGGAAUCAGUGGACUGCUGACUGGAGUUCGGUCGAUCGCUUUCAGUCAUUGGAAAACAAUCAAUAACUGUCCUACAGGCUGGACUCAGCUGGACUGUCAUUGUUACAUGUACGUAGAUGAAGAAAGGACAUUUACAGAUGCAGAGAAUGUCUGCCAAAUCCUCAGCGGGAAUCUGGUCUCCAUCCAAAGUGCCCUGGAAAAUGGAUUUGUUCUUGAACUCAUUCAAGCAGGUGGCGGUGUGGGUCUAGUCUGGACUGGAUUCAGUAAUACAGCUACGGAUACGACAUUUGUGUGGACUGACAACUCCGGAGCGACGUUCUUUAACUUUGAUUUUUCCCUUUUAGAGCCUAAUAACAGUGGUAAUUGUGUUGCAAUGGGUGCGGGAGAUGGUCUUUGGGUGGAUGAGUCCUGCACAGACGAGAAAACAUUUGUUUGCAUCAGAGAUGUGCUCCAUCUGACACGUCCAACAUUCCAAGAUUACCAGCCCGACAUACAAAAAGAAUCGUCGUCGUUUUUCUCAGCAUUAAGCAACGCGACUGCAAAGAUGGGCUUUGCUAUUGGCUCGUUGGUUCUCCUUUACGGGAUCAGCGGACUGUUGACUGGAGUCUGGUCUUUCCCCUUGAGUCAUUGGAAAAACAUUAAAUGUCCUGUAGGCUGGACUCAGUUGGACUGUCACUGUUACAUCUACGAAACUACAGCUGCGAGCUUUGUCGCAGCAGAGAAAAACUGCAUCGAUCGAGGUGGAAAUCUUGCCUCCAUCCACAGUGACUUGGAAAAUAGACUCGUUCUAGAAGUGGGUCGAGCGAGUGAAACUACUACUACCCCAUUCUGGAUUGGACUCCAUGAUGCAAUUUUGGAAGGUGACUACAUAUGGACUGAUGGCUCACUUCAGAAUUUCCUUAACUUUGAUGUCAAUGCUACGCCUGUCCCAGAGCCUAAUAGCCUUAAUGGUAACUGUGUAGCGCUUGAUGAGAGUGAUGGACUUUGGCAAACUGCGUCCUGCACAGCCAGUAAUACAUAUGUUUGCAUCAUCGAUGUGUGCAAUGGCGGAGAUCCUAACUCUCCAGACCCCUGUCCGCGGCCCUAGUGAGACAUUGUCAAACUUUGGUGGUCUGUUUGCAUUUUAGGGUUUAUUAUUAUCUCUUGUUUUCUUCUUUUUCCACAAUGAUCAGUUAUUAUUGAGAACAAAUUUGUCUCGGCCCUUGUUUGGGCCCACAAAGACCCUUGUCUGUUUUGAGUCUGCAUUGCGCCUCUACACCAUCGAUGCUUGUCACUCCGGGCACUCAUUUGUGAUUUAUUUGCGUUUGGAAUAUUUAACCCAAUACAAUCUACAAGCAGACACCCUGCUGCCGCAGGUUUCCUCUGGGGUGAUGUGGGAGUUGAAACGGCCCCGCAUACCCCUUGUGAUUAAAAGUGGUUUGACCUGUUUGGCCCUGAGGUGUCGUAUUCAAUAAUUUACUUGCAUGUUGCAAGCAUGGCAGUGACCUUUGGAGCGGCAGCUGUUCAAAGUUAAAAUGAGGCACAUGGAACAAGAGUUUGAAACAUCUUACAGAAAAAUACUUAACCAUAUUACUCAUUGCACUAUGUACUUUUUAUAUUGCUAAAAUGACGUCAUGUGACUCGUGUGCCUGCUAAACGGCACAGGGGGUGAUGUUAAUGGGGCCUCAGACAUGACAUAGGGAGAAAAAAAAACUUCAAUUGUGGCCACAGCAUAGAUAAAUCUUGCACACAAAAUACUCAUUUGGGCAACACAAUACUAUUUUGUGGCCACAAGGUAGCUGUGACUCUGUACUGUACAGUUGGGUAAGCAAAUCAAGAGCAGAAUUUUCUUUUAGGCCCCUUACAAGCACUGGUUAAAUGCAUGAACCAAACUAGCGAGUGGAUGUGUAUUCAAAGUCAGUUUCUAGUUUAAAGGACUAAUGUCCCUGUAGGACCUUGUAAAACUUGUCCAUUCAUUAAUGUUUAGUUGAGUGGACUACUGUAGUGGUACCUUUACCGGUCUGCCUAAAAAGUCUGUCAGACAACUGCAACUGAUUCAAAACUCAUGAAGACCAAGAGAGUGAAUUACAUCAAACCUGCUCAGAGGUCUUCGCACUGGCUGGCUGUCUCUUUGAGAACAGACUUUGAGAUAUUAUGUUAGCUUCUAAAGCUCUGAAUGGUUUCAGCCCAAAAUACACUGGAGACCUUCUAGGCCACUAUGAACAAUCCAGACUGCUCACUUUAUCUGGUGCAGGUCUGAGUCAGAACCAAUCAGGGAGAAGCAUUCUAUGCUCCAUAUAUCUGGGAAAGGCGCCCAGGAAAUAAAAUCGGGUCUGCUGAAAGUCUGAGCUCUUUUAUAACAUGGUUAAAUACAUGCUUGUUUACUACUGUCUUUGGCUAAAACGCUAUCACUUUUAAAUCUUUCUAUUUUCACUUACUGCAAGUCUGCACUGUAACCUUCACUUUACCUUCUCCUGCGGGUUUUAUUAUUUUCUUUUUCCCUUUGUCAUUGUGUUUUGUCCAGUGUGAGGCACUUUGAAUUGCUUGUUGUUGUGAUGUGCUAUACAAAAUAAACUUGCAUUGCCUUGGCUUUCAAA